UCUUUAUAUUUUAAUAUGAACUAUGAAUUUUAUAAAAAAAAGUAAACACAGUUACGUCUGUUAUUUUAUUUUUACAAAUUUAAAAUAGAUAUAAUUCAUGAAUAGUAAUUAUGGAAGGUAUAAAAGAAGAAGCCAUACACCACACAGCAUUAAAACUAGCCGAAGAAAUAAAAAAUCUCUCAAUAUACAAAUCAUUUUAUAGUGAUGUACAGAAAUUAGUAUCGUCACCAAAUGUUAAAAAAGAAGAUUUUAAACAAACAUUGCAGCAAGCUAUGAAAGAGAAGGGUUUGGACACUAAACUUAGGAAUACAGUUUUUCAUUGGGUCAGAACACAAAGUAAACAAAAUAAAUUGGAUCCACUUACAUCACUAUUAAAAGCAAGUGCUCAAUGGGAGAAGAGAAUACACAAAUCGUUAAAUUCAAUGUGCACAGAUCUGGAGACGUCACUAGCUAAAAUUAGACCUCAAAGUGAACAAGAGGAGUUAUCUGAAAAAUGGAAUGAACUUAGUACUUAUACUUUAGAUCUUUCGAAAUACCGACCAGUUUAUGCGCCAAAAGACUUCUUGGAAGUACUAAUAACUUUAUCCGGUUACGUUCCUUACACAAGAGAAGAUGAACCAAAAUGGGAGUUUGCUCAUUUACCUAUUCAAGUGAAAACACUAGACCAAUUACGAAAAGUUUUCCCCGAAUGGUCAAACGGGGAGCCUCUUCUAGGCGUCAACCCUAACAUGCCAAGUACAGUACCAGGGUUUGCAACACUAGAAGCUGAACGCAUCAGUUUGGGGGAAAGAGUAGCAGCCCUCGGUUACGCGCCAGUAGUACAAGAGUAUUUGAAAAAAGGAAGUCCUCAAUGCCUAAGGGCGAAGUUGUGGUCCCAAGUUUUGGGGUCCGAUGUUAAGAUUCCGCAAAUGACAUACUUCGCCCAACUAAAGAAGAAUGUUCUGGAAGUAGAUUUGAUGAUAGACAAGCUUAUUUUCAAAGAUGUGCAGUUGACAGCAUCUAACGAUGACCAGUAUUUUGUAUUUGAAGAUUUGCUGUAUCAGGUGAUGUUAUGUUUCUCCCGUGACAUCGAAGUGAUGCAGCACUUGAAGGGCAGUAUCGGCAACCCGCCCACCGUCACUAUCAAAGGCAAACAGACUUCGCUCGAAAGCGUCACUGUAUUUCCACCGAGCGGGAUUAUUCCCUUCCAUGGGUUCACUAUGUAUGCAACACCUUUCUGCUAUCUGUACGACGAUCCAGUUCAGUUGUACUACACGUUUCGUGCAUUCUACAUACGAUAUUGGCAUCGGCUGCACUAUAUUUCAACUCAUCCACAGGGUAUAGUAUCAUUGUGCCUUUUAUACGAGAGGCUUUUAGAAGCGAACGAACCAUUAUUAUGGAUACAUUUUAGAAAUAUUAAUAUUAAUCCAAUCAGAGUGGUGUUCAAAUGGUUGAUGCGAGCAUUCAGCGGUCAUCUACCACCGGAUCAAUUACUUCUACUCUGGGAUGCCAUACUCGGCUACGAUUGUUUAGAAAUCCUACCAUUAUUGGCGCUGGCAAUACUUAGUUUUAGAAAAGAGAAUAUAUUCCAAGUGAAUACUUUGCAGAACGUUGAUGCCGUGUUGGCGGACUUGUCUACCAUAUCUGUUAUACCGUUGUUGCAAUUAGCGUUAAUGAAGGCCUGAUGCGAUGUUCUGCGCAUAUGUGAUAGAGAAAUCUUGGGCUAGGUUUAGAGAGCAUCUAUUUGCGAGGCAAAAGCUGAGUAAAUUGGUACUUACGUAUUUAAUAAUGAGGUAUUUUUUUAUUCGAGUCAUUUACGUGAUUCUAUGGUUAAAACUUAAUGUUAGUGAUAUUGUUGAAAGAACACAAAGUUCUUGUACUCUGAUUGAGUGGGAACUCGUCAUAACUAUAGAAGCUUGGGAGAAUCAUAUUCAGCCAUUAUAAUAUCUAUUCGAAUUGUCUAGUUAAAAAAAAUGAUAAUUUUGUAAAGAUUUUGUGUAUUUUAAAAAGAAGAAUUCCAAAUUAUGUUGUGUAUUAACAAAAGCUAUUGUUGUCAUUUAGUUUUAUAUAAAACAAAAAAGAGACGAAAAUAGAUCCGAGUUGUCAAGUAAGGUUACUUAUCUAAAAGCUGAAGUUUAGCUUUCAUAAUUGUUUCGGUCUAUUUGUAAGAAAGACUGCAAUAUUAAUAAUGAAGUUUGAAUUGAGAACAAAAUAAUCUGAUCCAAUUAUGAUAUGCUCAAAUGAAAAUAUUUUUUAUGUUUUAAUAAUUUUCAGAGCAGUAAUUAAAUAAACGGCGGUUAUAAA